AUGAAGUCCGCCGUCGUCGCCAUCACCUGCCUCGCCGCCAUGGCCGCCGCUGUUCCCGGCGCCCCCGAGAAGUGCCAGCCUGCUACUUACUCUUGCACUGUCAACCCCGAGACCCACGCCCCUGGAUGGCAGGUCUGCAACACCAGCGGAGACUGGGUCUUCGCCGGUGAUUGCCCGCCUCAUACCGUCUGCAAGUUCCUCGAGGCCAACGGCAGCCCUUACUGCGUUCCCCCCAAGUACAGCAUUUCUUAA